AAAUGAUCUAAAUGGAGAAGCUGCUUAUUAUGGAAUGUCAGAAGCACAAACUUUAGUUUAUAAAAUUAUUCAUGCACAAAAUGAUACUGAAUCUGGUAUUGAAAGAGAUAAAAUUAAAGAAAAAGUACCAAACUCACUUUCAGGGUUUGACAACCUCAAAUAGUAGAAUGUGAUCACUUGCAACGGUUUGUGCAUUUUGUUUAAUUCGUAUGAUAUUAAUUUAAAAGCAAAAGAGCAAAAUGAGAUACGCGCAACUUGUGAUGGGACCAGCCGGUAGCGGAAAGUCCACUUAUUGUUCUACUAUGCAACAACAUGCAGCCAGUGAAAGACAAGUAAUAGAAGUAGUAAAUUUAGAUCCAGCAGCAGAAUAUUUUGAUUAUGAACCUUUAGUUGAUAUAAGAGAAUUAAUUCAGUUAGAUGAUGCUAUGGAAGAUGAUGAAUUACGAUUUGGACCUAAUGGUGGUCUUGUAUUUUGUAUGGAGUAUUUAAUAGAAAACUCAUCAUGGUUAGAGGAAAAAUUAGGUGAUGUGGAUGAUGAUUAUAUCAUCUUUGAUUGUCCAGGACAAAUAGAGCUAUAUACACAUAUGACAGUCAUUCGUCAAUUAAUAACAAUGUUGCAAAAUCUCAAUUUUCGCAUAUGUGGGGUAUUUUUAAUAGAUAGUCAAUUCAUGGUUGAUGGAUCAAAGUUUUUGUCAGGUACAAUGGCUGCACUUAGUGUGAUGAUUAAUUUAGAAUUACCACAUAUUAAUAUCCUUAGUAAAAUGGAUUUACUGUCAAAAAGUGCAAAAAACCAACUAGACAAAUAUUUAGAACCUGAUCCAUACAGUUUAUUAUCAGACAUGGAGAAAGAUUCUUGGAAUAAAAAAUACAGAAACCUCACUGAAGCAAUAGGAAGGCUUAUAGAGGACUACAGUUUGGUGCGUUUUUAUCCAUUAAAUAUAAAAGACGAAGAAAGUAUGGCAGAUAUUAAACUGACGAUUGACAAUAUUAUUCAAUAUGGGGAGGAUGCUGAUGUUAAGAUUAGAGAUUUUGAUGAACCUAUUAAUGACGACGAUAAAGAUGUAAACUAUGAUGCAAAUACAUGAUAAUAGCUUUACUCAAUAAAAUAUUUUUAUGAAAUA